AUGAGCGAGAAGAGGAGAAUAAGCCUGGUAGCAGGCUCAUACGAAAGGUUCAUAUGGGGUUUCACUCUCAAUCCCAAUAAACAAACCCUAAACCCUCUCUUCUCUUACCCUUCCCAUCUCUCUCUAAUCAAAUCCGUCGCCGUUUCCGGUUCCGUCGUUGCCUCCGGCGGCUCCGACGAUACAAUCCAUCUCUACAAUCUCUCCGCCGCUUCCUCCCUUGGUUCCCUCAACCACCACUCAUCAACCGUCACCGCUCUUUCGUUCUACUCUCCUCCUCAUCUUCCUUUCCCUCGCAAUCUCGUCUCUGCUGACGCCGACGGUUCCCUAGCUAUUUUUGAUGCCGACGGUUUCGUUCACCUUAAGACACUUCCUGUUCAUAAGAAAGCUAUUAAUGAUCUUGCUCUUCAUCCUUCCGGGAAGCUUGCGCUAACUGUUUCGCGUGAUAACUGCUUUGCUAUGGUUAACCUUGUUCGUGGUCGUAGGAGCUUCUGUUGCCGGUUAGAUAAAGAAGCGUCGCUUGUCAAAUUUGAUGCUUCGGGUGAAUCGUUCUUUAUGGCUGUUGAUGAGAUUGUCUCUGUUCAUCAAGCGGAGGAUGCUCGUUUGUUGCUUGAAUUGCAAUGCCCCAAGCCUGUUCUCUGCGCCGCACCUGCCAGGAAUGGACUUCUCUAUACAGGCGGUGAGGACCGAAAUAUCACAGCAUGGGACAUAAAAAGUGGAAAAGCUGCAUAUUGCAUAGAAGAGGCCCAUGCUGCACGUGUAAAAGGUAUUGUUGUGCUCAGUGAUGAAGCUACAGGGGAUGAUGAACCAUACUUAGUGGCAUCUGCGUCAUCUGAUGGGACUAUACGCGCAUGGGAUGUUCGCAUGGCUGCCGCAGAGAAGCCAAAUCCACUAGCUGAGUGUAAGACACAGUCAAGACUGACAUGUCUUGCUGGAUCGUGUCUGAAAUCCAAACAACCCCAAGCUGGAAAGAAAAAUGCAAAAGUUGAAGAUGAAAAUCAAAUGGUGACAGAUCAAUAG